AUGGCAAAGACGUCCACUUUGCGGACCAGGCGUGCAGCGGAGGCUGAGCCCGAUGAGCCACGGGAAGGCGGCUGGGGUAUAGUGGUGGUCAUCGCCGCUCACCUGUCCUUCGCAAUCCAGUUGGGCAUGAUGCGGAGCCCAGGCGUCUUGUAUCUUAGCUGGCAGGACGAUUUUGGCACCAACGACAGAGAGACGGCGGCCGUUCAGAGCGUCUUUUCUUCCGUGUCCUGUUUCAGUGUUUUCCUCGGAGGGAUUCUGACGGAACGUUUCGGCUGCAGAAUUUCAGGAAUGGCCGGGGGAAUUUUGAUGACGCUAGGAGCAGGAACAGGGAUUUCUUCUAAUUCAGCUGUGGUUGUCGUUGCGAUGUACUUCAAAAGGAAAUACAAAAUAGCCCAUGCAUUAGCCAUCUCAGGCGAAGGAACGGGCAUCAUGGCGGCUCCGCCUCUUCUCCAAAUUCUUUUGGAAAGCUUUGGAUGGAGAGGAACGCUUCUGAUUGCCUCUGCAGUUGCAGCAAACAGUGUUGCAUUUUGCGCACUAUUUCGCCCCAACGGAGCAACACAGAAAUCCAAAGACAAUCUCAAUUCGAAUCAACAAAACCUGGCGGCCAAAAACGGUUUGGAGACAGCAAACAUGUCCAAUGAUGAACACAUUAACGACGAAAACUCUCGCCGUAGUGACGAUGUACUCGAACUUGAACAGAUAGGCCUACCUACGGAACAUGGGACAACUGCCAACAGCAAAACUGGUUAUGUCUCGCUCACAUUUGACACCAAGAACUCGAAUCCCAUUUUAAAACUACUCAAACGAUUAUUAGUUUCGCUGGGGUUCCAUCUGUUUGUGAAAAGCUACCGCUUCGUUCUGCUGUGCGCCGUUUACCUGGAGUUCGACAUCCCGUUCCUGGGAUUCGUGCUCUACCUCGUUCCCCGCGCACAGAGCGUGGGUGUGGCGCCCUCUAGCGCCGUCAUCUUGCUCAGUAUUUUUGGCAUCGGGAACUUGCUCGGUCGUCUUGGAAGCGGAUUGCUGGUGAGCUGGAGGAUAUCGGCUGAGCACGUGACCGCCAUCUCCAUGGCCAUUGCGGGCGUGUCCUUACUGCUCCUGAAAUUGGAAAGCUAUUACGUUUUUGCGAUAGCUUCGUUUCUAUUUGGAUUCGUGUCGGGGUUCUUUUUCGCCAUCAUGAUCGUUUUAACCCGGCAGUUUGUCGGGGUAAGAAAAUUAGCAGUUGGACUUGGAUUCAGCCAGAUCUUCUUGGGCAUAGGAGCAAUAAGUGGGCCCCUUUUAGCGGGAUGGAUUCUGGACCUAACCGGUGAUAGCUAUCAGACAGUUUUCUACGUGGGUAGUGCAGUGUGCUUCAUCUGUGCUGUACAAAUGCUCCUCCUACCCCUACUGAGACGGGUGGAACCAGGCAUCGACAUCAGCCCCAACGAUAUCUGA